CACAAUAAUCAAGCUUUUCCUUGGUCACAACGAAAAAUAAACUCAUCCACCAAUAUUUUUCCAAGACAUGGCCAUUCUACUAGCCAAUAUGCAAUAAAUAACGAAAUAUUUAUUUUUGGUGGAAUCUUUCGAGGUCAACCAAGGAAUGACCUUUAUGUCAUGGAAACCAAUACACUUAAUGCUAUCGCUUUUAUGGCAACUGGCGAUAUCCCUCCUCCUCGUAGUUUACACACCCAUGUCCACAUUGGUAAUAAUAUGAUAGUUUUUGGCGGGUUACCCGCUACUUCAGAAGAAAGGCUCGAUGAAAAUAUUUAUGUUCUUAAUACUGUGUCGAAGAAUUGGACCAGGUACCCGAUAAGCAGUAACCCUAAACGUGGCGGACGUUUUGGUCACACUGCAACGGUAAUUGGAUCCAAGAUGUAUAUUUUUGGUGGAAAAGUCAAUGGAUAUUGUUUAAACGAUCUGAUGGCAUUCGAUAUAAAGUCACUUAAUUCAUAUGGUCCUCGGUGGGAAAUAAUUGUACCACAAAACGAAUCCCCGCCAGAAAGAUAUGGACAUAUUGCUUGUGCCUGUAAUGAUAAAAUUUAUAUUUUUGGUGGUUCCAAUGGAGAUAUAUUUUAUAACGAUACAUGGUGUUACGAUAUACCGAGCAAUACAUGGACUAGAUUACAGUGUACGGGCUAUAUUCCUGUUCCUAGACAUGAACACGGUGCCAUUAAUGUUGACGAUAUGAUAUAUAUCUUCGGUGGUAUUAACGAGGAAGGACAGGAAUUAGGAGAUCUGACUGCUUUUGGUCUAAGCAAUCAGCGAUGGUACAUAUUUCAGAAGAUGAUUUUACCGAACCCUCGAUUUCGUCAUACCUUGUCUUCGGCCCGUGAGAGGAUUUUGAUGUUUGGAGGUGAUAGCAUGCUACCUUCUAAACCCGACGAUGAUGGCACGAUCAGCAUGCUGGAUACCUCAAAAAUAAAAUAUCCUCCCGCAAAUCAAACUCCUGGACGGGUACCUCAACAAACACAACAAAAACCACAGUCUCCAUCGAGAUCAGUGCCCCAACAAUUUCAAAAUAAUGGAUAUACAUCACCGACUCCGUAUUCUCGCCAACAAUCAUCUCCUACGAGUCAAUUUAAUAACUCUUCUUUCGAUGUCAAUCGUUCAAAACAGUCUGUUCCAGCUAUUAAGCAAAAUUCGAUGACACCUAAUGGACAGUUGGCAUAUGAGGAUGACGCACUCUACCGUCGUCAACCAACCUCUGGGUCUGAAGACUUUCGAGGAUUUGGCGCGUCAUCGGAUAAUAGUGGGAUGGGUUUUCCAAGACCAAUUCAAGAUUAUAAUCAAGCAUCAUCGCCGCGUGUAAUGCCCGAGACACCUGAUACAAUUGGCCCACAAGGCUCUCCGCCCUAUGGAAUGAACAAUAAUCAAUUAGCCGAAAACUCGACGCCCGAGAAUAUUAGGGGAAAUCCUCCCGAGCAAUUACGUCACAUGGAAAGAGACGCCGCAGAUUCACCGCAACAAACUUCAUACUCAUUUACUCAAAAAUCUAGUAUAGACAAUCUCCGCGAAAACACUCCCUCCCCUUCAAGUAACCGUCCAAUUCGUACACAACAAAGUCUCGAUCAACUUCGUGAGGUAGAAGAUCCUCGUGCACGUGCGUUUGGUCAAAUGGAAAAGAAACCUAUAGUACCAAUGCAGAUGGGUGUUGUUGGAGAUUUUACUAACCCUAGGCAAGCUCCAAAACCUCCUAUCACCAAUAAUUUCAAUAAUUCCAGCGGUUCUAGCGCUUCCCCGGUCAAUCAAGAUAUUCAACAAAAUUUUAAUAAUAAUAAUAUUGUACAAAACACAGAUAAAGCGCCAUUAAUGAUUAACACAAGUCAGUUGCCGUAUGGUGAUGGUGCAACGUCGCCGCCGUCAUCCGCGAUGAGUUCUAAUAGCCACUCAUCACAAUCUUUUGACACCAUUGAUCAUUUUCCGGCUCCGGUGUCUAACGUUGAUCGUGAUAAACUCAUACGAGAAAUCCAACAGCGUGACAUACAGAUAGCCAAAUUUAAGAAACGUGAAACGUGGUUAAAAGCUGAACUAUCUCUAGCUAGGCAAGCAGGAUAUGUUCCAGAACCAGAUAGGUCUAGUAACAUCCCAGAAGGUAUUGACUUGGAAAAAUAUAUGGAUAUUGGGGAGAAUGGCUCUGAUAAGCAGAAAGUGAUGCUAGCAGUUGUUCAGUUGAAACAUGAGUUACGAAAGGCAAAGGCAAUGAUCGCCAGCCAAGCUCAGUCUGCUUCGCAAAAGAUAACAGAUGCAGAACGAGCCCGUACAGCCGCUCUUCAGGAAGCCGCAUAUUUCAAGGCCAAGCUCACUGCUCUGACAAAUGCAUCUGAAACGGAACUUGCCAGUAUUGAGGUUGCACGCGCCGCGGACUUGGAAAAACGUUUGACUCAAGCGCUCACCGAAAAAGAGUUAUUACAAACAAAACUAAUUCAAUAUCAACAAUCUUCAACUCAUGACAAGAGUUCUCGGGAGACCGCCGAAGAAAGGGCGAAAACAGCCACAGCACGGGCUGAAGAAGCCGAAGAGGCGCAUGCACGAGCUCUGGCUGAGCUGGCCACACUACAUUCUCGAGCGACCGCUGCCGAAUCCCAAUUGAGAGAGAACAAUGUUAAAAUGGUUGAAAUUUCAUCGGAGCUUGCACAAUUUAAAUCAGGUUCAGAAGGCUCUCGUAGUCAAAUCGUGAAGCUUCAACAAUCAUUGGAACAACACCAACGGGCGCUUGAAAAAGCUAAUGAAGCUCUUAAUGCUGCUAAUGAACGAACGGUUGAUGCAGAGGCAUUAUGGAGAGAGGCUCGUCAGGAUAUUGUUGCUCUGGAGAAAGAGGAAGCUGCUUUACGCACUGAAUUAGAUCUUAAAAUGCGCGAUUUAGAACGUGCACAGUCGAGAGCAAAAGAAUUAGAAAGAUUAUUAGGAAAGGCACAGAAAGAGGCAGAUAGUGUUCGUGCCAUGAUGCAAGAAGGGAUGACGGAACUUUUAAAUACCUCUCGUAAUGAAGGAGGUUCAUCUGAGGCAGCCGAGAAGAUUGCUCAGCUUGAACAGGAAAUUGCAGCACUGAAAAGUUCCCAAGCGGAGAGUCAAAAAGUCGCACAAGAAGCCUCUAACUCAUAUGCCGAUGCAAUGAUCAAAAUUUCACAAAUGGAGGGAGCUGCUAUGAAGGUUCGCUCAGAUACCGCCGCGCUUCAACGACGGUUAAUUGAAGCUUCAGAUGAUACUGCCAGAACUAAGGAGCGAUUACGCGAAAAAGAACGUCUCUUGGAAGAAAAGACGCGUGCCCUCGAAAAUGCCGAGGUUAAAAUCGGUAUGAUGCGCGAAGUGAUGUCAGAUAAGGGAAUAUUGGAAGAUAGUGGUAAGAGUUCCCGAAUUAAAGAAUUGGAAUCACGUUGCGUCGAACUCGAGUCUAUCCACAAUCAAGCCAAGAACCAACUCAAGACAUCUAAUCAAAGAUAUCAAGAUGCAUUGCGAAAAGUUAAGGAUGCUGAGAGUAAGAAUAAAGUACUAGAAGAAGAAUUAGGACGUACCAGUAACAAUAAUCCUGGUUCGAUACACACUACACCGGAUAUAACUAUUAGCGGCAAUGAUUAUGAUGAAGACCAAAGAAUUGCGGAACAGAAGGCCAAGGAACUUGAAGAGGUAAGAGCAAGGCUACAUCAAGUUGAAAAAGACUAUCAGACCGCAGUGCAUUAUGUUAAGGGCACAGAAAAAAUGUUGAGGAGAAUGAAAGAGGAGUUGACGAAGAGCAAAAAGGAUGUUGUUAAAUUGACCGAGAAAUUGACCAUUGCACAAGAACGUAACGAACAAUUGGAAGAAAGCCUUGCCGAAGCUGAAAAUAAUAAUUCUGUUCGUAAUGGUUAUCGAGAAUCCCAGCUUCAGGAAUACGCGAACCAACAACUAGAGGAACAACGAGUAAAAUUCGCAGAAGAAAAAGAACAAUUGGAACAACAAAUUGAAGAAUUGAAGAGACAGUUGGAACGCGCGCAAGAAGAGAAAAAUAUGGUAGAUCAAGAAUAUGAUGUUUUACGUAAAGAGUAUGAAACAUUGAGAAAGGAAAGUGAUUCGCUAAGGAAAUUGGAAAUUCAAUUGAAAGAAAGGUUGCAAAAUUCAGAGGAAGCAUUGAAAAACACUCGGUUAGAAUUAGAACAAACAGUUGCUUUAUAUAAUCAGGAUGGUUCUACAGGUGUCGGAAUCAUUGAUCGGAAGAAGUGGGAUGAGCAACGUGCAGUGCUUGAUCGAGAACUCGCUGAAUAUCGAACUGCGAAUGAUAAGCUUGAGAAAGAGAAUAAUGAAUUGGAACAGAAACUGAAGGAGUCCGAAAAUAAGAUUACAAUUUUACUGGAUCAAAUGGAACACGCAGUUGAUACAUAUCGAGAGAUCGAAGUCGACAUAAGGGAUUCCAGCCCACGUAGUUCCAACGAUAUCAGUUCCUUAACAAAUGAAUUGGAUAUGCUUAAAUCUCAAUGGGGUAUAUCACAUCAAGAGUCAAAUUUGAGUGGCGGCGAAUUUAUUGAUUCGCGAUGGAGUAGAUUACCUGGCGGAAAAAACGAAGAUUCACAGACACCGCCAGGAAUGGAGGAAUUUGAUGAAAUGAUGGCGGCACUGGACGAAGUUCAAAAAGUAGCAGCACAAAGGAACAUAGGACAAUUUGAGACUGUUGAGGACAUAAUAUGA